AUGAACUCUUUAAAGGUUCUUUUACUAUUUUCAGUCACUGCUGUAUCUACUCAAAAUUUUACACAAAUUAGAUCUGAGAUUCAAGAGAAGUUGAAUGAAAAUUUGCUAGCAAAAAGGAGCAGAAUAGAUUUGGUAGCCAUUGAACUGAAAACUUUAUUAAACGACUUCAAGCAGCACUACCAAAAAAUUGAGACUCUUUUGUGUUUAUGUGCUGAUAAAAAUGACACGAAAAUUUAUUGUAAACUUAUCAACAGUGAAAUAAAUUUGGCAUAUAAUUCACUUCAUUUUGAGUCAUUUCCACUCGAGUUGCAAGCUAUGGCAAUACAUUUGUUUGGACCAUCAAUUCAAUUGUAUGAAGAUAUCCUAGAUUCAAUCAGUAAUGCAACAAAUGCUGUUGAAUGUUUAAGUCAAACAAAAUCUUCAUUUAUUGACAUCUUUAAGAAAUUCUUUGAGACAACAAGGGAUGUUAUCAUCAAAAGUGUCCACAAACUUAAAGCAAGCAUUCUGGUCACUCAAGGAGAAAUAAAUAAAUUUGUUGCUAAUAGAUCUGCACACAUUUUAAUAUGUACUGGAAUUGAAAAAAAUAUUUGUGAAUGCUCAAAUGAAUAUAUAAGUUUGAACUGGAAGUCAACAAUUCUGGCAAUUAAGCAGUUUCAAUCGAAUGUUGAAACAUUCGCAGAUAAAAUUAACGAUGAGACGAUAGUGGAAAUCGCUGUCAAGUCUGGAAUAACAGAAGAAAGCAUGAAAUCAAAAAUAUUAGAAAUUUCAGAAUGUACAAAAGGAAAUUAA